CACCGUUUACACAGCGGUGGAAGAAAAGAUUCUGUACAAGUACAAUCUUCCCCUCCCCGUUCAUCCGGUUGCGAAGGAAGGGAGAGAACCAACUGACCAAAGAGAGACUGGUUUCUGCGUUACUGAAGCUAAGCUAUACGAUCUCUUAUUCUCAUCCUGUCUUCGAAAUGGCGAACUUGAAGACGGACUCUCCCACCUCUCGUCGCAUCGUGCUUGCGUUUCUAGAUUUCUUGAAGUCAGUUGAACCUACACCUGGUGUUGAUGUUGAAGCACUUGAGGUUGCUACGGAGUGUUUGGAGGAGGUUUUUAAGCUCAGUCAAUCUUCUGUUGACGAUCAGAUAGAACCAGGUUUCUUGGUUGCUUUAUUCCAUUCGCUGGAUAAAAAGAAACAUAUAACCAAAUCUGAUCUGGUUCAUGGAGAAGUCUCAUUGGAAAUGGGCGCACCAAGCACAUCGUCAUCAGACUCAUCACAGAAUGCUGCUGAUGGAAGCACUGCAGAGGCACCAAAACCACUAAGUGAGAGUUGGAACAGAGAACAAUCUUCAGGGCUUUCAAAAGAUAAUCUUUUUGGCCAAUUUAUUAGUGCACUUGAGAAAUUUGAUUUUUUUAAGACCGGACCUGAUGGGAAGGAUGACCUGGCCCGCCUGGAUAAAGCAGCAAAUUUGUUUCAUGGUGCUCUUGAGGAAAUUGAAAGAUCUGGAUGCCAGACAAUAAAUCAGAAGAACCUGGCAGAGAUGCUCAAAUCCCAAGGUAAUAGGGCUAUGCAGUCCAAGUUAUACUCAGAUGCCAUUGAGUUGUAUACUAGUGCCAUCGCACUUUGUCAGAAUAAUGCUGUGUAUUACUGCAACAGGGCAGCUGCUUACACAGAGAUCAAAAAAUGUACUGAAGCAAUCACAGAUUGUCUAAAAUCCAUUGAAAUUGACCCAACUUACAUCAAGGCAUACAGUCGCCUGGGCCUGGCUUACUAUGCACGAGGGAAUUAUAAUGAUGCUAUCAACAAAGGAUUUAAGAAAGCCUUACAAUUGGAUCCAAAUAAUGAAUCCAUCAAAGAAAAUAUCCGGGUGGCUGAACAAAAAUUAAAGGAUGAGAUGCAAAGGACGUAUCAUGAGCAGGCUGACGGCUCAACAUGGCAUAAUCAGCACGGUUCAUGGAACUAUGGCCCACCACCUGCUCAAUGGGAGUCAAUGAACCAUGGGCCACCUCCAACAUUCACAGCUCCGGCUUUUAAUCCUGCUAAUUUGGCUAGUAUGCUCAUGAAUUUAGCUGCAAAUGCAUACCAGGGACAGAGCCCGCAGGCUCAAAACAAUCCACAUGAUGCAAGUGCCAGGGAGGACCAGGAAGGGAUGAAUGAACCAGGAAUAAGAAUAGACGGGAACAUUUCUCUGAAUUUUGGAGAGAAUGAGUUACCUGCGGAGUUAUCAGGGGCCUGGGCUAAUGUCAUGGAUGUGUUAUCAGGAGCAACAAGACAUGAUCGUACACAAGGCAACAUGAAUGAUGGAUCAGCACCAAACUGAUAUAUAAGUAUACAUAGUUUAUGCAGUGUGUAGAAGAACUACAUAGACGAUAUUACGCUUUCCAUUUGUUGAUAUCCCCACCCCUUUGUUUUAGUAAUCAAUAUUCAUAGUAUCAACUUCAUCCUUUCUGGAGAUGGACAUAAACACUCUCACAUUGUCCAUGGUUGGUGAUCGAGAGGUCUUAACCUUAAUGUUUUGAUGCACUUGUGAACGAGAAGAAUUGGUGAUCGAGAGGUCUUACCCUUGAUGUUUUCAUGGGGCCA